CUUAUCUUUCCACCAUUGAAGUCAUCAAACUUAAUACUUCCUUCGGUUUUUUAAGUCAUUUUAUUUACAAGUUGAUAUAUUAAUAAGAAAUAAAAAAUGGUUCUGGAGUCUUGACUUUUGAUUAUCCCCCACCCACACUCUCUUUCUUGUUAUUAGUUUUCACCGAUUUCUCUAUUUCUAAUCGUCAUAUGAUAUUGCUUUCCCCUUCAUUAAUCUAUUUUUUGUGAUAACUAUUAGCAAAAGUAUGACCAUCAUAUGUGGCGUGCACCUUCUUUUUAAUUGCAGGCGUGAAGAUAAUGCAACUUCAAUUUGCCUUGAAUCUAUGUCUUAAAUAUAUGCUGCAUUUUUAUCAAUUUAUGUAUUCUGUUACUUCUUUUCGUUUAUUAUGAAUAUUAUCAUUCUUGUGAGUUUAAUAUCAACAUUUUGUCUCUAAUUUGAUUUAAUGUGCUAACAAUUUCUCUUUUCUGCUGUUAAUUGAAUACUACAAAUUUCUAAGCUUAUUAGACACACAUAAUAUCAUGUAUACUUAAAAUUUUGUGCUUGAUCUAUAAAUUUUAUUCUUCCAAAUUUGAUGACUUUUGAACAUGGUAAAAAGGUUAGCCUGUAAGUUAUUUAUCUUUUUUCCCUUGUUUGUGUUGACUAAUUCUGUUUAUUGUAAUUUGUUUUUAGAUCAAUGUAUGCCCCUGGAUGAGUUAGUUGGUCAUUUGAAUUUCAGGAGGUUUGAUAGAAAAAACAAAUCCAAUGGGACUGUUUGUUUUAUUUUUGUCAGGGGCUAGCUCUAUAGCAAUAACAUUAGUGGGAGAGAUUCCAUCUGCUCUUGAAAUCUGCAUCACAUAGUAUAUAUCACUACGUAGAAAAUAGAAGCUGUUUUGUGCCUCUUCUGUAAACACCAAACACUACCUCUUGAAGGGGUGUGUAAGAGCUAUUGUUAAGGACUUGUCUUUUCUCUUGGGCCCUACACGCACUAAGUGCGUCUUAAGCUAGUACUCACGUAUAUGAUUAAAAAUUUGUUAAGAUGUAAGAUAUUACUUCAUACUUCCUAUUAUGAUAUUCCUUCCCUCUAAAAUUAUUUGUCCCUGUUUGACUUUUGUAUUAACUUUGACCUCAAAUUCUGAAAGCAAAGAGAAAGGAAGGGGUAGGAGUGAGAUUUGAAGAAAAAGAAGAAAAAGAAAAAGAAUGAAGAUGAGGAUGAUGAUAUCAUAUACUCCCUCCGUCGUCUGUGCUGCCGGAUCUUAUGUGGACGAGCUCGUCAGAACCGCUAGAUCUAUUGCAUCUCCUGGUAGGGGAAUCCUUGCCAUUGAUGAGUCGAAUGCUACAUGUGUAAAGAGGCUGGCAUCUAUUGGUUUGGAGAACACAGAGCCUAACAGACAGACAGCUUUUGCUGACUACCCCAGGCCUUGGUGGGUACAUAUCUGGCUCUAUCCUUUUUUGAAGAUACACUUUACCAAUCAACUACAGAUGGGAAGAAGUUUGUGGACUUCUUGCGAGAGGAGAAGAUAGUUCCCGGGAUCAAGGUUGAUAAGGGGUCCUUGGAUCCAACAAUGAAUCAUGGUGCCAAGGCUUAGAUGGCUUAGCUUCUAGAUCUGCUUAGUACUACAAGCAAGGUGCCCGUUUUGCUAAGUGGUUGUUCUCCUGCCAAUCUCCCUUGAAACCAGGCUGGAAUGUGUACAGC